CUUUUCUCCCCUUCAGAAAUCCCACUCAAAGUUGUGGAGCUUCCCAACCCAAAAUAUAAGUAUGUAAUGAAAACGUUUGUGUUUCACUCCUCAAAAAUAGCAGAACUCAAAGCUAAAGCUGCUAGUGAAAGAGUCCCGCAACCAUCUCGCGUGGAAGUUGUCACUGCACUCAUAUGGAAGUGGGCAAUGGCUGUAUCAAGAUCGAAUUACAGGUCUCCCAAACCAUCAGCAGUGCACCAACCUGUGAACGUUCGAAAGAGAAUCGGAUCGGACAACUCAAUGGGGAAUCUUUUAGGGGUGUUUGUCGCACAGAUUGGAGAUGGUACUGAGAUCCAAUUACCAGUCUUGGUGGAUCAACUUAGGAUGAAGUUAGAGGAAGCCACAAAAAUGUUUGAAGAAAAACUUCGAGGAGGGGCAGAGGUAUCUUCGAUCAUUUUCGGGUUCUAUAAAGAGUUGGGAGAGCUUUUUAUCAAAGGGGAGGAUAUAGAUGCAUACACUUUCAGCAGCUGGUGCAAAUUCCCAUUUUAUGAAGCUGAUUUUGGGUGGGGAAAGCCAAGCUGGGUAAGUACCCCUCCAGUAGCAGUGAACAACAACAUUGUAUUGAUGGAUACAAAAGAGGGUGAGGGGAUAGAAGCCUGGGUGACCCUGACGAAGGAAGAUAUGGCCUUGUUCAAACACGAUCAGGAACUGCUUACCUUCGCUUCUUUAAGUUGCAGUCCCUAGCUUGAUCAAGAAAUAGUUUUGCUGUUAAGCUCCUAAAUCUACGAUUUUAUAUAAAUUCAUGUUGUUAAUUCAUUUAAUUUAGUCGCUUUCUCCAAAUGCUUCAAAUUUAAGAAAAAUUGCAGCUUCGUGCUUUUAAAAAGUUAAAUGAAUCUUCUUUUAAUGAUUCUCCGCAAUGAGAUUGGGAAUAAUGUCAUUCUUAAUUA